UGUGCAAGGUGAUAUUAAAGUUAAGACAAAGUGUGCUCGAUUCACAAAGAGCGUCAUUGUCCUCCUCGAUCGAGUGGAAACGUUGUUCGCCUGUGAGCAAACGUCGGGACUCAGUUGCCAUGUGAGAUAGAUUGUAGGAUACGGUGAUCCGCAUCGAAUCAUGAAAUCUCACGCAGCCAUGAGACUUCUGAUCCUCCUGUGCCUAGGUCGGGCACUGGGGAUCACUCCGAACGACGAUGGUGUUUUCGGUCGCAAGAAGUAUCCUCUUUCGACGAAGCACAACCAGCAAGACCGAGACGAGAACAUGAUACGACGUAUAGAGGAGGAAAUGCUGGCUCUCAACAAGUCCGGUGAGCUGCCUCGCGAUAAGCGCGCCCUAGGAAUACUUCUUCAGGGCUUUAUGGAGGCUCUAGGUUACACGGUCUCUCCUAUCCAACUAGGUUCCCUACCCAACCCGACCGCGGCUGCCCAGAUGCCCGCUCCAGCUGCUGCAGCAGCGCCACCUGCCGCAGGCAUGAUGCCAGCAACACCUAUGGGUAUGCCGCCGAUGAUGAUGAUGGGUAACGGCUCUGCAGCGCCACCUACACCUAGGCAGAGGGAGACUGUCAGGUUUACGGGAGUUUUGAACUUCGGCAACAACGUCAAUACCUCAAACCUGGUGACUCAUCUUGCCCAGUACGAGCAGCUAUUUCACGGUAACCGAACUGCGGCGCCACCAGCGGCUUCAUCGGCAGCUCCAGCACCCUCGGGACCACCGCCCGCACCGAAGCCGAGCAUAGACCCACGUAGUCAACCGCUGCCGGAGCCGCUCUUUGUCAAGAUCCCGUUGCCGAUCGUGCCCAACCUGCCGCCACCUCAACCACCUUCACCCAUGCCCAUAGAGAACACGUAUCAGGAGGAGUACACCAAGGAUCACGAGGAGGAGUACACCAAGGAUCACGAGGAGGAGUAUCACGGAGACAAGGAUGACUCCGAACGUCGAGGUAACCACGAAGACGAGGAAGAUGCUCACCAGUACAACGAAGAGUACGAGAACAAUCACGAGAAGUACGAUGAGCCCGAAGAUCGAAACUACGAGUACAAGCCUAACGAAGGUAGCAUCGAGACGAACAGUCACGACCAUGACGAUAACGAAUCAGAGCCUGAAUCACCGCCACCGGUAACGACGGUGAAGCCACAGGAGAAGACCACCGAAAAAGAGUACAAGAAAAACGAGAACGUGGUAAACUACAGCGUCGAGAGCAAAGAAAUUCACGAUCCGAGUGAAGUAGCUGAAGAGGCUCCACUGGUUGGUAGCAAGUUCAACCACGCCAUGUACGUCGGCGAGCCCAACUGGAAAAAGGAGCACGAGGAUCAUUUGUACAGACUAGCAGCCGAGCGGGAGGCUCAGGCCGAAGCUCUGGCAGAAGAAAACGCUGAGCGAGAAAAGAACAGAGAUCGUGAUCACAAGCUAGCGGGCGAGAACAAGGAGUUCCACGCCAGUCGUGAAAAGGAGAUCAGCGACAGAAACGAAGAACUUUCAGCCAGUUACGAGGAGGAUGACGAACCUACAGAGAAACCUUAUUACGACGAUGAUGACAAAAGCCGGGAACCUGACAAGGAAAGCUACAGCGACAGUAGGAAUAACAGCGAGGACGAAGACGAGGAUUACGAGCAGGAGACUAAGGUUUCCGAAAGACCAUCGUCUUUGGAAGCUUCGACCCAGAUUCCCAAAAAGGAGGAGAUCACUACCAAAGCCGAUGCUCGUAAGUACGAAAACUACCACGACGACGGACCUCGGCAAUACAACAAGAAUUACUACAACGAGGAUGAGAAAAAAACUAUCCCACCGGUGAUCUCGUACACGACCACACUGCCGAUCAGCUACAACCGAGAGAAGGUUCGCCAGGGCGAUCCACUGCGCGACAGCUACGGUCAAAACCUGGAGAAACCUGGUGGCAAGGUGGACGAACGCGUUGCAGGCUACUUCACCAUGUUCAAGAACCCCCAAACUGGAGUCUACGAUCCAACGAUAAUCCAGCAAUUCGGAAGCCCAGUUAGCGCCUCUUACGACAACAGCGACCUCGUCAGUGGCUUCCAGAAGAUCCAGAAGGAAUACGGUAGACCCGAGAGCAAGUACGAGGAGUACGAGAUCAAGGACGACGAUGACUACGGCAGCCACGAUGACAGUAGGCCAGAACACCGAAAACUGCCAGCAGAAGAAAUGAAACAUUUAAGUGAGCCAUCCUCGACUACCGAGUGCGACUGCAGCAAAGAGACCAGAAGGCCCGAUGGGCAUACCGAGGAGGCCAGGAGCCCUGGUUACACUGUGCCUACCAGUCUACCUCCUCCAACCAAACUUCCGGAUGCUUCGGUAAGCUACGGACCAUAUUACUCAACGGUAAACCACCUGUACGAUCCUCUGAGCAACGACCAGGGCAUCAUCGCCAGGCUUACAUCCUACUCGCCACCUACGACUCAGAGAUUCGAGACCAGAACUGACCUGGUCCAGAACCCUAACUUCGCGACUGUCCACAGACAGUAUCAGCAGACUUACUCGCCGACAGUGGUGACGCUGCCAGAGCGUGCCACUACUCAAAGUAUACUGCGGGAAACCGAAGUCAAGCAGAUCAGAGCCUGGCCUGCGCCAUUCGACUACGUUUAUGACAACAGCGAACACAGCGACGUUGUCCACAGAGGAUCACAGCAUCCCACGAGACAAACGCUGUUUGAGCCCACCAAAUCCGACUGCUAUCACCAAUCCCACUCGUUGCCACUUGGCAAAGAGGCGGACAGGGUCUACAAGAUGCUGAAACAAGCGAACAAUGACAGGUUCGAUCUACCGUCCUCUGCUCGUCCCACGAGGAGGCCUGACAACUCGAGGGAUAGCCGGAAGGUGAAACCAGGUGCUAAUCCAACUAUGAGGGUCAAUAUCUACGCGCCAACGACGACGCAGCCGACAAUCUGGGACAGUCGAAAAAGACCAACCACUACCGAACGUCCCGCAAUAAGGCAUCAUCAGCAUCAUCGUACCUACCCCUCAAUUCCAGAAACCCUAACACCUCAUCCAGGUAGUCUUCUGCGUCCUCCCGUGAGAAAUCCCGUCGCCUUCAACAACCAGUUCUUCAGGCGUCAGGACCAGAACCCAAGGCAGUCGAAUAAUAGACAGGUGAGCAGAACGAAACCCACCGCGAAGAAGAAGCAUCAGGUGAAGGACGAGUCGUUGAAAUACGUCGAGAAAGACGGUAUGCUGAUAAUACCUGAACCCACGCCAUACUACUACAACGAGAGGAUCGAGGAAUUCACGGAUGAGCCGCUGCUCAACGGCGAGAAAAUCAAGAUCAAAGAGUACAGGAACAGAAUAGCAUCGGUUAAGGUGUCCGAACUCAAACAGCAGCAUCCCGAGGGAUCGUCGCAAAUAGUACAGUACUCGAGGCACCUCUGA